AUCAGCUGCAGGAUCAUGACGAAGCAUACUGUGAAGCUGCUGACCCUUUCCAGACUCUACAGUGGUGUUGCGGUAAAUCUCCACGUGGGGCCGACUCAGACCCAAACCGGACGGUGAUUAGGAGGUGAGGGUGGACUCUAUGGUUGAUGUGCAAGUCAGACUCAGCUUAAGACCCUGCUGGAUGUUUAUUUUUCUUCCUAUUGCCGUAAGUACAUCCAACUGUGAGGCUUCAUGGUUUUCGCCGAGGUGUUGUCCUCCCACCGGAUGCGGUGGGAAAUGAUGGACCCGGGGACAUGUUAUUGUUUAGCUGAACUAACAGCAGAGCUCUGGGUUGGUGGUGGGCAGACUUUCCUGAAGCCCAACACAACUUCUGCGGCUUUGUCGGUUGUAAGUACCAGGUCAUUUCACCUCCAUCGGCGUCAGUAGUGACUUGUUGACUAUGUCCAUGAAAACGGGUUGAGCUGGUCAGAACCAGGUUUAGCUUGGGCUGGGGGAGGCGGUCCAAGCCUGACAGCCUUCCCGUAGUUCUGUUUUCAAGUUCUCACAGAUGUAAUAACAUUUGAACACACACAAACAUGAAUACACGUUUACCGUCCUUGUGUGGACACAAGUUUAUUCCAAUUCAAAAUCCUAUUUGGCUUAAGCCUGAACCCAAACCUUACCUUAACCCCAAACACCGGAUGUUAUCCCCAACCCUAACUCCUAAACCUGAAAGCCUACCGUUCUGGUAUGUACACAAUACACUAGAUAUUUUAAUAUUAUUCAAGCGAUGAAGUACUUUCAUCCAAACUGCGUGUGACAGUGUUUUCUAAAUGAAACAAAGAUCCAUCUAUUUGAAAGAUGAAAGUAGUAAAACAGCAGGUCCAAUGGCCAAGCAAUAGCAAGCUGUCUAAAUAUCUAGGAAUGGUUCAAGGGAUCUUUGACCUGCCCCCAAAUUGAUGUAGAUUUUGGGUAAUGAUUUGUUUGUGGUACUUGGACUGAUGUUCUGACACACCAAAUAAUCUACACAGAAUGUUGGUGGAUGGUUUGGUCAAGGUGUCAGACAAAAAUAUUUUGUUGUUGUACCAUUCCUAUUUUAACAUUUUGUAUCAUACAUUUGUUUCCCCCGAUCCCCAUCCCCUGUAGCCCAGGCUCUUCUUAGUGAUUGGAUGAACAGCAAGUUGCGCCUGGAGCUGGAGAAGGAGGAGGAUGUGAUUGGCUCCCCUGAGAUGAACGGUCCAGUAGCCCCGCUGCCUGUCCAGCCUUUAUCUGUGGACUACAGCAACUUUGAUGACCUCUACUCCCACCUGGCUGAGGAAGAGGAGGAAAGCUCAGUGGUCAGCAACUUUCUUCAGGACCUCAUGGAGUGUGAGGUUCUGGGUUCUGGGAUAGCGGAGGACCUAGCGCUGGACUCUGAGGAGCGAGACAGGAGGAAGAGGAGGAACCCAAGCCUCACCAUGGAGGCACGCCACCGUCAGGUUCGUGAGAACCGAGUGCGGCGGGAGGCAGAGCGUGUGAGGCUGCGGAGAGAUGAGGAGGCGCGGAGGGAGGCAAGAGAGGAGGCCCAGAGGAGGGAACAGGAGACGGAGAGGCAGAAGAAACAGGAGGCACGCAGGCAGGAGGAGGUGCUGCAGCACGAGAUGGUGCAACUGCGCCGCGAGAUGGAGGAGAGGAGGAACCUUGAGCAGCUAGCCAGGCAAAGGGAGAGGGAGAAGGUGGGGCUCCUGCCAAACCCAUCGCUCUCUGUCGCACCAAAACAACAGCAGUCCCAUAUACAACGGUCACACGCGAUGCAGCAAGCCGAGGCCAGGGCCCAGAUGGUAAACCUGCAGCGUCUGCAGAGGCACUUCUCCGGCUGGUACACGGUGCUGUUGGAGCGGAGGGUUCGGAUGGGGAAGGCAGCGGCGCUCUGUGACUGGAAGAGGGGGCUGAGAGCGUGGAGAGCCUGGAGGGCCCUAGUGUGGGCAGGACGAGAGCAGAGGGAGGUGGAGAGAAUUGAGGAAGAGCUACGAACCCAGAACCGACUCUGCCAGGUGGCACUAGAGAGCGACCGGAGGAGGGUGUUAAGGCGAUGCCUGAGUGAUUGGCAGCUGUGGUGUCGGGCGGAGAGAGAACGCCGGGAGCUGUUAGCACAGCAGGAUGCGACGCGCCGCAAGAUGGCCGCCCUCAUCAGUGCCGUGACAACUCGGAAGCUGGAGGCGAUCGAGGCGCCCACUCCGGAGUCGGCCCUAGCCCCUCGUAAGACCGACCCAUCAGGGACUGCAGAACCGAAAGGUCAGUCGGGGUUAGGACCGGUUGGGCCUGCCCCCUCACCUGCCUGUCAAGGUGGCAAAAACUUGUGUGCCACGCCCACCCUACCCUGGCAAGUGACUCGGCGUCAUGCAGCACUGACUGCUGCAGCUGAGCGCUUCGACAGCAGAGCCCAGCAGAUGGUUGAGGCGGGGGAGAGGGGCGGAGAUGGCAGUGUAAACCCCGCCCCCCGGGGUCAUGGUGCGGAGUGGCGUGGGGGGCGUUUCGAGCACCGCCAUCUCAGCCAGCAGCAGACCAUCGCUGAGCAGAGGAGGCUCCUCCGGGAGCAGCAGGAGCAGAUUGCACGCCUUCAGGAGAAGCAAAGCAUGAUGGGAUUGAAGCAGGAGUCUCAGAUGGCUCAGCCUAACGUUCCAGCAGGCCCGUGGCUGACGACAACUGAACCUAAACAGACCAGGACAGGGAGUGCCCCUGAGAGGAACGACGGCCGCUCCUCUGUCACCAGGAAAGCCGCUGUGGUUCGACCCUGUCCUGCAGUCAGGGCCAUGGAAGAACGUGCUCGUCAGCGAGCUGAGCGCCGGAUGGAGGUGGAGAACCUGAAGAUUAAAAAAGAGGAGGAGAGACUGGCCCAGCUGAAGGCAGCAGAGGAGCACAGGGAGAGGGAGGAGGACGAGGAGAAACGGAAGGCGGUGGAGCAGAGGAGGGAGGAGAAGAGAAAAGAGCGAGAGAGAGACGAGGACAUGCGGAGGAGGCUGGAGCGAGGGCAGCUUCUCAGGACCCGGGCUCAGCAGCACUAUCGCACAACGCUGUUACUACGACGAGGACUGGCGCCAUGGAAACGCCUAGUCGCCAUGAACCAAAGCAACAGUCAGCUGGCUGGGGCUCAUCACAGGCGGACUGUCCUGAAACGGUGCAUCCUGUCCUGGCAGCAGGCCGCGGGAGAGUCCUUGGCUCAGAAGCGGGCCUCCGCCGACCGACUGCACCAACAUGCCCUGCUGGGGAGGUGCCUGGGCGCCUGGAGGCGGCUGAAGGACCACCGUGUGAUUCUGGAGGGGCGGGCCGAGCGGUUCUGGCGCACGCGCGCUCUCAGGCGGGCUCUGACCGGGAUGUUGGACCAGGUGACACGAGAGAGGAUGGCCGAGUGGGACCGGGAGCGUCAGGCUCAGGAGCACAGUGACAGGCGGGUGCUUCGGAGCUGUUUCCAGCGCUGGCGGCAGUAUCCGGGAUGGCUACGCCAGGAGCGGGAGCGGGAGGCGAGACGGGAUCGGCUGAGACGCAGGGUGGCGGAGGUCCUCCCGGACUUCUGCUCCUCUCCCCUGGACAGUCCCUGGUGACCAGCCCCUCUAUGACCCAGAAUCGACCCAGGACAACCAGACAGAACAGCUGUUGUAACAAGCAGCCAUAUCGGUUGUCAGUGGACUGAGAAAGCUUGAUAAAAAUCCUAAGCAACAACGUAAGAAAAUACUUACGUCAAUGACUCAUUUGAUUUAUUGUAUUUGAAUGUAUUUUUGUUUUGAAGUCAAGGUUUGACGCUUUUUGACAUGAAGGCAUUAAAAACAGAAAGGAUUUUGCUAUUCAUUUCAUCAUAA